CUAGAAAUUAAAAAAUGAGUAGUGGCGCAUCGUAAAAGCAUGGCAGCUACAGGUGGGGGGUCGGGAGCACCUGCACUGACGCCACAGGAGGACAGGGUGGCUGCAAUCAUCGGCGAGGAACUUAUAGCUGGAGUUCUGCCAGCAUGUGAGGGAGACACAAACAUUCAUCCUGACAAUGUGGAAAUUGAGGAGUCCGGCACGAGGGAGACUCAGGAGGAGAGGGAGAGGGGGGACCCAUGUGUGGCCAGCACCUCCACGGCAGGAGAUGGAGCACGCACUGGAUCGGCUGCACCGCGUGCCUCCGCUGCUGAGGCACGCCAGACUGGCCGUGUCCUCACCGAUGCUGUGCUGCAGUCACAAAAUGAAAUUGUGAACACAAUGAUGGACAUAGUGACAGAAUUAAGACGAAUAAAUGAUGGUCUGACUAACUUAUGUGACGCAAUAAAAGACCUCAAAUGGCCACGGGUCGUGUUCGUCCAUCUCUGCUUUGGGCUGUGGCGGAGGCACACCACGUUUGUUCGCCACAUUGUGCAGCACACUGCAUGCCAGCACAAUGCGACACACCUUCUGUGGGCUGUCAAGCAGCAUGCCACCAGUCCUAUCCAGGCAGCGCCAACGGCCUUUCAGCUGCCCUAUGGUCCGCUCCACCACUGA